GUUGAUAUGAUGUACUAACUAGAAAUAAAGUUUGAAAUGUUGGAUGUCUAAAAUGAAAUAAAAAUGCCUGAUACAACGGAAGACAUUUUGGUAGAAAUACCAGACGAUGACUUACCUAAACUCUUAGACAUGUACGAGAAACACAAAAACUGGGCACCGUAUGUUUACAGUAUAAUAUUGACUGGUAUUGAAUGGAGAAGGAAGAGAAAAGAAAAAUAUACGAUAUUUUUGUCGCCUAAUAACUGCUGGAAGCAAGAUGGAACAUUUUUUGUGCUGCUAACGGUAAAAAUGACUGAGGGUGAGCAAGACAUUUUGCAAGACAUUCCUGAUGAGGAUUUGCCAAAAUUAGCAGAGCUGUAUGACAAACAUAAAAACUGUGCACCCUACGUUUACAGUACUAUAAUGACCGGCAUCGAUUGGAGGAGGAAAAAGAAAGAAAAAUAUUUGAUAUUUAUGUCACCUAAUGGUUGUUGGAGGGAAGACGGCACAUUUUUCGUAUUACUAAAGUACUAUUCUUUCGAUAUAUUCAUAUUUUCCUUGGAUGAUACUGGCAAAAAUAUUUAUGAAGGUAUCAGAAAAACUAAAAGGUUAGACACUGGUGAUUUCAGAGACAGGCCACCUUUAUUGUAUUCGAUACAUAACAAGUUCUAUCAGAUUGUAGUAAAGGCCUUCAAAGAUAAAGGGAUAUCAAUGACUCAGGAGAUUCCUUGUCACAUGUUCAGUAUUCCGAGGCAAGAAGCUCUAAAAUUUGAAACAAAGUGUCCUCCAGAAGUCUACAUAAAGAAGCUAGACACUUCUCAUGCAGAACUCGUGAACUCAGAAUGGCCGCACCGCUACAAGGACUCGGUUAAAUUUGUAUCUUUAUUAAUAGAAAUGAAUGAAGGGUACGGAUUGUUUCUUAAAUCCAAUGAUGAGAUGGUCUCUUGGGCAUUAUUGUCUAUGCUUGGUCAGUUGACUAUGGUGCAAACUGUGGACUGUCACAAAAAGAAGGGUUACGGAAGUCUCAUGGUAAAAUAUUUAAGCAAAAUCAUUGCAAAUAAAGGUUACAGUCCAUUUGGAACCAUUCUGGAAGAGAAUAGAGCGUCUAUUUAUAUGUUUCAGAAACUUGGGUUCAACAAUUUAGGCAUAUCAAUUUACUCCUUGUAUUAAUGAAAUCUAAGAACGAUUGUAGAUGUACUUGAUAUGCUUGCUUUUAUUAAAAUU